AGCCAGCGAAAGGCGCUGCCCACGAACUCGCUCGGUUCCCUGGGCUUCAGCCAGUCCUGGCAAUGUAGAUUCUUGAAUAAAAUUUAUGACGAGUUGGCGAGUAGUUUCUUGUUUGUGUGCAUCGGUGUUGCAAAGACUUACUUGAUGAUUGAAAUCAUCAAUAAAGGAUGUCUAGUGUUUUAGAGAAAACAUUAAGUGGCUUGGUGAACAGCCUUCUUGGGCCGGCGGGAACAAAAGGGACAGUCAGUCAAGGUCUAGUUGGAGUGCCUGGACUAAAGAAUGUCUCUCUUGGCCUUAUUAGUUUUGUGGAGAAGCUGCAGGCAGCAAAGAGAAUAUCAAAACAGGAAGAAGACCAUUGUUUGGAGCAUGAAAGCAAAGAAUGGAUGAAGCUAUUAUCCAGCCCUGGAGUAUGCAGUUCUCUUGUUGCUGAUAUACUGUGCCGUGCCCUAAUUGCUCAUGUUCAUGGAUAUCCUCUCCCAAGUCUCCAUAUCCAUGCUAUCAAGUUAACUCAGAGUUCAGAAGUUUUAUACAAAAAAAUGGGAUAUUUGUUUGUCAGUCAGUCACUCGGUCCUGGAUCAGAAUUAACCCUUCUGCUAGUAAAUACAGUGCAGCGGGAUUUGACAGCACCCAGUGUUCUGCAGGUUGCAGCUUCCAUAGCUGCAUUACCAGUAAUCAUAACACCUGAUUUGACGCCAGCUAUCAUUACCCCCCUCACACAUUGUCUUGCUCAUCAACAGGCAUACAUCAGGCGUCGGGCAGCAGUCAUGAUGGGCGUAAUGGCAAAAAGAUGUGGGGAAGACCUUUUCAGCACUGCUGGAGACCAGAUACCACAUCUCCUUCACUUGCUCACUAAUCAUGAUCCUGGAGUUGCACUCUCUGCAAUCAUGUCUUUAGCCAAAGUAUAUAAGGCAUGUGGGCAGCAAAAGCUUGACCUGCAUGAUCAAGUUGCAAAGAGUGCAUCACAUAUGCUUACACAGGCAGUUAAUGGUGCUCUUCCAAGAGACUAUCAAGUCAAUGCUCUGCCAGCCCCAUUUGUUCAGAUCCAGAUGAUGAGAGUGUUGCAGUUGUUAUCAGACAGAGAGUGGCAGCCACCCAAGGAAGUAAUUGAAGCAUUAGAUUUGGUUUUGGGUCAGCCAUGGGGUGGUAAAGAAGUUGCUCUCUAUUCAGUACUGCUAGAAUGUGUUUUCACCAUUACAACUAUGCCAUACCAUGAUGCUUUGGUCACCAGCGCUCUAAAGGUUGUACUAGGGUUCUUGAAGAGCAGUAAUGUAGACCUGAAGUACGUGGGUCUCAAAGCAUUGGCAAGUGUGUUUUCUGUGCUUGAGGAAGCUCUCACACCAAGUCAUCUAGAGGCAGUCUUGGAUUGCCUUUAUCACUCAGAUAAAAAUCUUCAGGCAAAAACACUGAGGCUGCUCUGUGCAAUGGCGAAUACACACAAUUAUCAGGCUGUGUGUUCAACUUUAUUGGAGUUCUGUGGACGAACCGAAGGACAGAUGACCCAAAAAGCAAUUCUGGAGGAAUUGUCAUCAAUUUUAGCCAAAUACUGUAGAGAUGUAAUGUGGUGUGUGGAUUUCCUCUCACCUCUGAUUAUUGGUUCAUUGAUUCCAGAGAAAAGCUUGACUGAUACCAUUGUACACGUUCUUGAACAGGGAUUUAAUGAAGGAUUUAACGAAGAAAAUAACAUAAAGUCAACAACUGAAGCAUCUCAAGAAUUACUUUUGAAAAUAUUCAGCAAAGAAAAGUUGUCUUUGGUUUAUAUAAAUCUUAUAGCUUCAGUUCUAAAUUUGCAGUAUUCUAGAGAUCCCAAACAAGUCUCCAAGUAUUUUACAGACUUGUUUCUAGAAAAACUUUUACCUGAAAGUAACCUGAAUGAAAAAGAUGUUUCUGUAUUUAAGUGCCUUAAGAAUAUUGGACUAAAUGACGAGAUGGUUCGUUUAGAUAUAAUUUCUUAUCUACAAACAAUUAUAACAAGCAACAAUUUUGGUCUUAUUUUCAGAGAAUUAGCCAAUGACAUUUGUUUGUGGCUGGGUUAUCCAAAUUUGAGUGUACAGGUUAUCAAGAACCAAGAAAAUAUUUUAUGCCAAAAAGCACAAACAGAUUUAACUUUAAGCUUUCUUGAUAAUUAUGUUAUUGAAGCUCUUGAGGGUGGUGCUAUUCCAUUUAAACCAUUUAGUGUUUCCCAGAAUAACUCUAGUUUUGAGGAAAAGGCCAAUAAUGGAUUUCAUGAAACAUACCUGAGCACAUCCACUGUACCAAGCGUGGCAUCUGAUGACGCUCAGUCAUCAGCUCCCUCAACAAGUACUCAUCUGACAGCCAGCACAUCUGUAAAUAAUGCCGUCUUGAGCAGAAGCAUGCUUGCCUGUGGUAAACGGAUGUGGAGUAACGAAGGUCGAAUUCAGCAGAAAUUUGAAGGGGAAGCAUCUGUUGGAUCCACCGCUGAUUUUUCCUUGAAGUCAGUUAGCCAAAAUGGGAAUCCUUUCCCAUUGAAUGAUGAUGAUGAAAAUGAUGACAUGACAGAAGGAAGUGUUGAACUUGCAGAUGAAGCACAAGAGGACAAACAAAAAGAGCAAGAUACCUUAUCUCUACAGAGGUCACAGUUGACCCAAGCAUUACUAGCAGGUCUUGGUAUGACAAAAUCAAAGUAAAUAAUACCAGAAGUUUUUUAUGGGAAGUUGCAAUGCAUUAAUGGUGUCCUAUAUUAAGUGUUGCAUAUAUUUGUUUGUUUUUAUGUCACCUGCCUUGGUAUUUCAUAACGACUUUUUUUUACCCAUUGACGGUGGGAACAUGUACUGACCACUAUAAAUUUAUUGUAGUAUUUUUUCACAUUAUUGUGCAAGUGUAUAGUCAUAAAGGAGUCAAAUCCUAAAAUCCAUCCUGAACACACCUAUUUACAUUAUUCGUUGAAUUUUUGCUGAAAUUUUUUUUAUCAUUGUUUGAUGAUGGUGAUGGCGAUGAUAAUUAUGGUGUUGAUGAUGAUGAUGAUGAUUACUACUACUACUACUAGUAUUAUUACUACUUCUGCUAUUAUUAUUAUUACUA